UAGCUUCUCGAUUUUUGAUUUCUGAUGUCGGAUCCGGAGCUCCUCAAUCUGGUAAUGGUGCCUCCGGUAGUGAAUGAGUCAUCUUUCUCUGAGUUUUGGCCAUUCUCAGUGAACUAUGAUGUCCGAUUACCGCUCAAUUCGGGUCAAGACUUCAGGUAUUCCGGUAACAGUUACAUAUCGGUGGCUGAGGAGUCUACGGUGACGGAGCAAACCGGAGGAGGAAGAAAGAGACGACCUUUGAAUCCUCAAGACGAAUCUUCUAAGAUGCUCUCUUCUUGCACCAGCGUUAAUCUAUUGAAAGAAUUGAGUAAGAAGAAAAUGAAAGUUUGUGUAUCUGAAGGAGAAACCGAGGAUGGUUUGAGACCUGAAGGUGAGACAAGCUCAGGUGGUGGAAGCAAAGAAACUGAAGAAAAGAGUCCGCCGAAGGAUUAUAUUCACGUGAGAGCAAGACGAGGACAAGCUACUGACCGGCACAGUCUAGCGGAGCGAGCUAGAAGAGAAAAGAUCAGCGAGAGGAUAAAGUUUCUUCAGGAUUUGAUUCCGGGAUGUAAUAAGAUUAUAGGAAAAGCUCUUGUGCUUGAUGAGAUUAUCAAUUAUAUUCAGUCGUUGCAACGGCAAGUUGAGUUUCUAUCGAUGAAGCUAGAAGUCGUUAAUUCAGAUGUGAGCACUGGUCCGAAAGUAGGAAUGUUUCCUUCUGGAGAACUUAAUGCUCUGCCGAUUGAGGUUCAACGAAGAAUGUUCGAUCAACAAGAAGCUGACGAAGCCCGAGGGUCUCAACCCGACUGGCUCCAUAUGGGAAUUGAUGGAAACUUCUAUCGAUCUGCAGAAAUGGGGAUAGUGACAAGAGCUGGAGAUUGGUCGUUCAAGGCUUUCACGGCGGGGCUAGGGCUCGCCACCAUCUACCUCACCGCCACUUUCUCCUUUAAUGUCUAUCGUGGUCUCUCUUGGCACAACGCUCAAUCUAAGCUGGAGAUAGAGGAAUCUGAAGAACAACCCGAAUGAUCCGAAUUCAGUUGUUAUCUAUCCCUCAAGUAGCUGAUGCUUCCUUGAAUCUUUGCGUGUGUUGUUUCUUUUCAUACAACUACUAUAUCUUUGUUUCGAUUCUAGGAGCAAUUAAAUAAAUGAAAUUUUUUGGU